AUGGCAUCUCCUCGGGACGAACGGAACGACGGGCGAAAUACGCAAAUAAGCAAAACCAAGUACGAAUCGUUGCCGAACACCGCCUCCAAGUUCGGAGCGAUUCGAGUGUACGGCGUCGGAAGUUACGGCGUGGUACAAUCAAUGAAGGACGACGUCAGGAUCGUGGAGAAAAAAAUCUUGGAGUUAGGUUCCGACCGAGAUUAUCUCAGCGGCAGCAAGGAAACGGCGAUACUCGCACACCUGAAACGGAUGGAUCCCGAGAGGAAAUUCACGCCCCGACUACUCGGCGCCACGUUCAAGAACAACGUCGUCGUAUCCAUAACGAUGACGAACGAAGGAUGCGAUCGGCAAACGUUGAGAUACGGUCACGGGAUAAUUCCGUGCGUCAGGACGCUGGCGCUGCACCUGUGCAAGGCUCUGACUUUCCUCGCCAAAUCGGGCGUGAUGCACAACGACAUCACCCCGAAGAACGUGACGUACAGCAGGGUCGACAACCACUUCAGGCUCGUUGACUUCGGUUCCGCCGAGUUCUGCGACAGAG